GUUCGCCGGCAAAGUUUCUGUGAGACGGAACACGAACAAAAAAAAAAAAAAACCAACAAACGGUCGCCAAUCUUGCAACAAUGUUAAAAACAACAACCGAGCGGUUUGAAUAAUAAUUAAAUAAUGUUGUUAUUGAUAGCGAUAAAUCUGUUCAGUCUAUGGGAAAGUGGUUACGGUGAAUCGUACGGGAAAUGUUGUAAAAACGGGGAAAUUUUACAAGAAAUUGGAGAUUCUUAUAAAUGCGUCCCGGAUUACGUUAAAAGACACGGCGUGUUAGUACCGCGAGUUGACGUCCUUGAAAAUAGUACGGGUGAAUGCGUCGAAUUUAGCACGGAUUUUUACCAGUUUGAAAUAUCCGGGAAAAUUAUAAUCAAAAAGGAACCGAUUAAAGAUGAAAUAUUCCCAAAAUGCUGCCCCGUAGGUUAUAUUUAUAACGAAAAGAAGCAUUCGUGCGAUAAAAAAAAUACCUACGAACAUAAUUUCAUUAAAACUACCCUCAUUGCAGUGGGACUUCCACGGUGUCGAUCGAUACUAGAUACGAAAAUGGAUUCUAUCGAAAAUUUCGAAACUGAAGGGGAUUAUUGUAUAGACGAAACUAGUACCGGCUUCAUUAGAAGAGAAUGUAAAAAUAAUACCGAUUUUUGUAAUUACAUAAAAUGUAUUAAAAAGUGUUGUCCAGAUGGAAAAAGUUACGUAAAUAGUAAUAAAUGUUCGGAUUCUUAUGUAAACGGAAUAGAUUUGGAAUUUUCCGAAAAAAUCGACCAACCUAACGAACCGUUCGGUAUUAUUCACAACACAACUUUAUGCGACGGAAAAUUCUACUUGAUGAACGAAUCCAGGUACAUAUUUAACCUUGAAAAGAACGGAGAAUUCAAAUAUUGGAAAAACACGACGAAUUCGUUCGUAAUAGAAAAACCAACGGAUACGACCGGAUACUGUAUAGAACACGCCCACAGACAUAACAUGAAUGGAUACUUUUUCUUCAAUUGCAUACCGAACACCCCACCCAAACCUAAAUUCCGAUACACAAAAUGGCCGAAGAUACUUUCCUGCAUCUUCCUAUCACUGACAAUAAUAAUUUACGUCCUACUCAAACAAACCAAGAAAUUAUUCGGAAAAAUUUUAAUCAAUUAUUGCGUUGGUACUUUGUGUUUAUACGCACUUUUGACUUAUACGCAAUUCGAUUUGCAACCGAAAGAUAUUUCAUGUCACAUUGUCGGUUAUAUGUUGAUUUUUUUUGCUAGUGUGUCUUAUACAUGGUUGAAUGUUAUGUGUUGGGACAUCUGGUUUACGUUUGGUACUACGAAACAUUCGAUCGGAACGUAUCGACAAAGAAAUGACAUGAAGAAACUGUUGGGUUAUAUGGUAUACGGUUGGGGAGCCCCUCUGAUUCUAACUUUGGUUGUAUUCGGCUUCAGUGUUACCGACGUGUUACCAACUUCAUUUAAACCUUACGUUGGCACGACUGCUUGCUUCCUAGUAGCUAUGCAAGGAAAUUACGCUUUGUUAAUUUUUUUGCGGCUUCCGCAUCUUGUGAUCCAGCUAGUGAAUACAUUCCUGUUUAUCAGAACCAUUUUGUAUUGUUUGAGGAUAAAAAAUGAGAUUGAACGUAUCAAUGAUACGAAGAACGAGAAGAAAGCUAAAUUUAAUAAGGAUAAAGAGAAGUUAUAUCUGAUCUUGAAAUUGGCGGUUAUAAUGGGCAUAACCUUCAUAAUGGACACCGUGACUGGUUUCGUCGACAUGAAUAACUUGGGAACUUUUUGGAUGACUGUAGAAAUUGUUAUAGACUCCAUUAAUUGCUUACAAGGUGUCUAUAUAUUUGUCAUAUUUAUUUGCAAGAAAUCAAUUUAUCACGACUUUAUGAAGAAGCUCUAUGUAAUAAAAAGAGAAACGUAUCUGAAUAACACCGAUUCUUUUGUAUCUACCACCCACAUCAGUUUGAAACAAAACAAAAAUGAUGAAUACAAAUAAGCUGCCUGUGAUAUUUUUACUAAUUUUUGUAUUUUUUUUACUUUGUAGACAUGGAAAAAUCAUUUUUUGUUGACUAUAAGCUAAUGAUCCAGUAAUUAUGAAAAUACAUUAAUGUUCUUAGUUGUAUCGAAACGGCUUCUUGAUCUACCUGGUACAUUUGACCGAUAAAUAAUGUCUGAGCUUCAAUUGAACCGUGGUGGAACCACUUCUCUUAAUUCAGGUGGUUUAGAGACGUGGUGCAAUGGAAAUGACUAUUAGAGGGUUUUGCGUUAAUUUAACCCUGUUAGAUGAAGGGAUGAAAUUGGGGUCAACCUCACUAGACCCCUAUUCAAUAAUUUAAACCUUCUCAGAUGUUUUUUUUUUGAGAAUUAUAACCUUAUUUAAUAUUUUCACCUUUCCAGACACUUUUCGAAUACACGAAAUUUGAUUAGACAAUUUUUUAACGAUUUCCAUCUUCUAAACCCUGCCCAGAAAGAUUUUUUUUGAAUAUUAAGUUCUUUAUAGACAUUUCCAAAAAAUUUUAUCCCUCCCAGAUACUUUUUUAAUUAUUGAAAUUUGUUUUGAUAGAUUUUUUUUGAUAAUAGAAACUUUUUAAUAAUCGAUCCCUUCAAAAAUGUUUUUUAGAACCGUCAUGACAUUUUUCUAGUAAUUUUAAUCUCAUUAGACACUUUUCAGAAAAUGAAAUACGUCUUAGACAUUUCGUAAUACUUUUAGCAUGUAUAGAAAGUUUUAUUUUUGAUAAUUUGGAGUUUUGGAAUAGUCUCGAUACUUUUUUGAUAAUUCUAUUGUUUCUAGAAGUUUUUCUAAAAAUUUAAGGCAGUUUUGUAACAAAUCCAAUUAUCCUAGACGCUUUUUUAAUAAUUGAAAUUAUCCUAGACACUUUUCUCAUAGUUUAGAACCUUCCUAGACAGUUUUUUGACAAUUUCAAUGUUUCUAGACGUUUUUUAAAUAAUUUGAAACCAUCUAGACACAUUUUCUCAUAAUUGCAAUCCUCCCAGUGAUAUUUUACAGCAUAAAAACCUUCCCAGUGGAUUUUUUUAUCAUUUAAAUCAUCCCAGACACUUUUUUUUUAUAGUUUAGAACCUUCCUAGACAGUUUUUUUACAAUUGCAAUGUUUCUAGACGUUUUUUUAUUAAUUUAAAACUAUCCAGACACAUUUUUUCAAAAUUACAAUCCUCCCAGUGAUAUUUUACAGUAUAAAAACCUUCCCAGUGUUUUUUUUAAUCAUUUAAAUCAUCCCAGACACUUUUUUUUAUAGUUUAGAACCUUCCUAGACAGUUUUUUUACAAUUCCAACGUUUCUAGACGUUUUUUUAUUAAUUUAAAACUAUCCAGACACAUUUUUUCAAAAUUACAAUCCUCCCAGUGAUAUUUUACAGUAUAAAAACCUUCCAAGUGGAUUUUUUAAUCAUUUAAAUCAUCCCAGACACUUUUUUUUAUAGUUUAGAACCUUCCUAGACAGUUUUUUUACAAUUCCAACGUUUCUAGACGUUUUUUUAUUAAUUUAAAACUAUCCAGACACAUUUUUUCAAAAUUACAAUCCUCCCAGUGAUAUUUUACAGUAUAAAAACCUUCCCAGUGUUUUUUUAAUCAUUUAAAUCAUCCCAGACACUUUUUUUUGUAGUUUAGAACCUUCCUAGACAGUUUUUUGACAAUUCCAACGUUUCUAGACGUUUUUUUAUUAAUUUAAAACUAUCCAGACACAUUUUUUCAAAAUUACAAUCCUCCCAGUGAUAUUUUACAGUAUAAAAACCUUCCCAGUGUUUUUUUAAUCAUUUAAAUCAUCCCAGACACUUUUUUUUGUAGUUUAGAACCUUCCUAGACAGUUUUUUGACAAUUCCAACGUUUCUAGACGUUUUUUUAUUAAUUUAAAACUAUCCAGACACAUUUUUUCAAAAUUACAAUCCUCCCAGUGAUAUUUUACAGUAUAAAAACCUUCCCAGUGUUUUUUUUAAUCAUUUAAAUCAUCCCAGACACUUUUUUUAUAGUUUAGAACCUUCCUAGACAGUUUUUUUACAAUUCCAACGUUUCUAGACGUUUUUUAAAUAAUUUAAACCUAUCCAGACACAUUUUUUCAAAAUUACAAUCCUCCCAGUGAUAUUUUACAGUAUAAAAACCUUCACAGUGGAUUUUUUAAUCAUUUAAAUCAUCCCAGACACUUUUUUUUGUAGUUUAGAACCUUCCUAGUCAGUUUUUUGACAAUUGCAACGUUUCUAGACGUUUUUUUAUUAAUUUAGAACUAUCCAGACACAUUAUUUUUAGUUUAGAACCUUCCUAGACACUUUUUAAUCCUUCUAACUUGUCUAAACAACUUGAUUUUUGAUGAUUUUAAUUUUUUGUUCUGUUUAGACAGUUUUUUGACAAUUGCAAUAUUCCUAGAUGCUUUUCUCAUAUUUGAAAUUUAUUCAGAUACUUUUUUCUAUAAUUGCAAUUUUCUUCAUGACUUUUUGAACAAUUAAAAUCCUUCUAGACACUUUUUUCGUAAUUCAAAUCUUCUCAGACAUUUUGUUUCUAUAAUUUUAAUCUUCCUAGGCACUUUUAAUCAUUAUAACUUAUAUAUAAAGGUUUUUUUUUAAAUAAUCUGAAUUUUCGUAUUCAUCAAAACAACUUUUUGUCAAUUGCAAUUUUUUAGACGUUUUCAUAAUAAUUUUAACGUAAUCGGAAUUUUUUUAUAUUACAUUAGAACCUUCUUAGGACUUUCCAUUUGACUGAAUUCAUCCCACGCACUUUUUUGAUAAUUUAAACACUUACCCAAUACAUUAAACUCUCCUAUACACUUUUUUAUCAACUUAAAACUUUUCUUAGCAAUUAUUCUAAUCAAAAGCAUUCCUAAAAAUGAAAUUUCCAACGCCGUGUUCGUAGACCAUAUUGUUAACAACAGUUUUGAGGUUAUAUAUAUAAAAAAGUGUGAAGUGGGAAUUUGGUAGGGACGACUGGAGCAAACUAAAUACAUAUAUAUGAUAUAGACAUCAAUUAGAUAAAAAGUGACUUGUUCAAGACGUAUUAUUUCAUUUUCCUUUAAUCCACCAACAGUUUUUCCGUUCAUUAUUAUUUUUAUAUAAAUAUUUUCACGUAAAUAUCGAUAUUUGUCUAUGAUUUACAUUUAUUAUUUUGACAUUUGGUCCAAAGUGUAACUAAAAUCAUCACUCGCAUAACGUUGACGUUAGUGCGUCAGUGUUGCCAACUCUUCGUCUUUUUAUGUAGAUCCAUGUUUUUUACGCAAAUUACGAAUUGCUAAUUAAAAUUAUUCGUCUACAAGAAGUGUGUUUUCUUUAUUUAUUUAAACACAAUUUGUAUCAAACUUAAUCUAAUAAAUUAAUUUAAUAUAAAAAAAAUGUAUUGUCCAAUGGUAAAUAGUAUAAGAAAUAAAUUGCAUAUCAAAA